UAUGAAAUUACAGUCAGCAACUGAUAAAGAUGAAAGAAAAUUGUCAGUAGCAGAAAAAAUGAUGGAUCAACUACAAAAAGAAUUAAAGCAAAAAGACCAAAUUAUGCAGCAAGAGCAAGCAUCACUAGCUGAAAGUAAGAGAGAAAUAGAAUUAUUACAAGAGAAGAUAACAGCAAUGAACUUACAACAAAUUGAGAAAGAUAAACAAGUGCAGGAAAAAGAAGAAACAUUGAUGCUGGAAAUUGAGAAUCUAACGAGAAGCAAAGAUAAUCUUAUAUUUGAAGAUGAUAUUUAUGGUGACAUCAUCAUUGACAAUCCAUUGAUUUUGAAAAUUAUAAAAACGCAUCAAUUUCAAAGACUAAAAAAUAUCAAAAAAUUAGGCUACAUAUUCCAAAAUAUACAAAAGUCAACUUAUUCAAGACUUCAACAUAGUAUUGGAAUGUAUUAUCUUGCUGGAAAAUAUGUUAAGCAACUUCAAAGGAAACAACCUGAUCAGGAUAUUACUGAGUCUGAUGUUUUGUGUGUACAAAUUGCUGCUCUUUGUUAUAACCUGGGUCAUGGUCCUUUCUCUCACAUUUUUGGUUUGUUCCUCAAGGAAGUAUUCCCCAAUGGAAAUAAACCUUGGGAGAAAGUUUCAGAAGCAUCUGUUAUGAUGUUUGACCACAUGAUUGAAGAGAAUAAUGAGGUGAAAAAUUUAUUGGAGGAAUUUCUGGAUAAUUAUGAAGAAGAUAUUGCAUUUAUUAAAGAACUUAUACAUGGAACCUUAGCCUAUAAAGAAAAAAAGGGAAAACGUAAAGGCAAAGAAUUUUUACAUGAGAUUGUCGUGAACAAGACAAGUGGUUUGGAUGUGUGUAUGAUUGACUAUACAAUACAUGACGCUGCUGUGCUGGGAAUGAAUAUCAGUUUUGAAUGGAGGGCCUUUCUCAGCAAAGUUGUUGUUAUGAAGUGUGAAAAUGAUGAAAGACACUUAUUUUUCCCUCAAGAUGAUUUUGAGACAUACAAUAAUUUAUUCAGAACUCGUUAUACCCUUCACAGGGAAUUGUAUUAUUUACGCAAGAACAGGAUUGUUGCAGUAAUAAUAAAAAGGAUAUUGAUCAAAUUAAACAGAAAGCCAAUAAUCAGAGAUGGUGAUAGACUAGUGACUAUAUCUGAAGCUACAAAGAGCAUGUCUGCUUUUACUCAACUUGAUGACAGUGUUCUUGCAUCAUAUGAUGAUGAUCCUGAAGUACAAGCACUUUUGAAUUGUUUGGGCUCCAAAAAAUCAAUUGGACAAAUUGGUUUUAUUAUACAAACUUCUGACUGGCACAAAGAACGAAUAAGAAAGCACAUUAUACAAAAUACAAAAAGUUGCAAUAUUGCUGAUCAACUUGUAAUUGAUCCAAUAAAAAAUGGAUAUGAGAAUCAUGAAUCUCUCACCCAAUAUUACUACACUAGUGAUGGAAGAACAGGACAAUGGACUCAUGAAUGGGUCAGUUUCAUAAUGUAA